AUGGCGGCGGAGUCCGAGAGGUCACCUCCUCCCAACGGGACCGCUGGCGGAUCUAGAGUGGCCCAAACCGAUGAGGCUGCCGCUGCUCUUGCAGCGCCUCGCCGAUCUGCCAGUGAGAGCGACAUGAUGGAAGUGCCACGUUCGACCUUUAGAUCCCAAAUCCAGGGGCCUGCCGUGUCACAGCUGCCUAAGUUCUCGCAUGUCGUUCCUGGCAUCGCCAUCCCGACGCCCACCGCUCCCUCCGUUAUAUCCUCUCGUGAAACCUCCCCGGUUCGGUCCUCUCGUCGUCCGCGCAACUCACCUUCCACCCCCCGGAUCGCAUCUCGAUCACGAAAAGGCAGCGUCGACCGGAGUCCGAAUCGUUCUGCCUCCAACACUACCACUUCUGGCGGGUCGGGCACCGUUCCCUCGGCCACAGCCAUCCAACGAGCAUUAUCCAAAUCAUCCAAGCCUCUGAUCCUCAGCCCGCCUCCCAAUGCCGAUUCGUCUUCCGAUGUGCCUAGCCCGGAUAAGUCCACCAUGCCAUUGUGGGCCACUUCGCGACGGUCGGAGCCGGAGACCGCGCAACCGAACACCUCGAUCAAGCGCUCGACGCCCGGACCGGAUGAUCAUGCGACGAAGGCCGAUCGAAGUGUCCCCCGGGCCGUCAAUCGGGGAAAUCAUACACCAGGCUCGGCUCUCGAAACUGUGCAGGAAAUGGCCAGUGAUCAGUCCACACCAUCGACCGAGACUAUCCUGGGGUUGCCGUUACGAGAAGACUCACAACUGCAGAAGAUUGACGAAGACGCGACGCCCAAGGCCUCCAGAGUGCAGCACAAUGAAAGUGGCAGUGACAGUGGUGGGAAUAAGAGCUCGGAGCCGGUCGAUAGCUAUCGCCGUCAUGCACCCUCGGGCUCCCGGGGUUCCAACAAUACUAUCAUCCCGAAACGAUCCACUACCUCACUGAGUGGGGGCCCUCGCGCAAAGCCGACCGAUGGUUCGGUGCGCAAUAUGAUUGUUGAGACCGAAACUGUCAGCUCUAUUCCUCAGGUUUCUCUCGGGGUGGUGCCGGGAGAUAGAGGCAACACUGGUCGAGUGGAUGCGGGGACCCUUCGAAUGAAACCCAGUACCGAGACUAUUCGGCCGAAGAAGGAGAAGAAGCGAACCCGGAAGCCGGCUGCGCUGACGACAAGCACAGCAUCGUCCAAGGCAGACAUUUUUGAGGCGAAAGUGGCCAGUGCCGUUGACGAGGCCGAUGUAUCGGACUCCGACGAGACAUUUGUGUACGAGUCCAAUCCCCCGGAUCCGUACCCAGUCCGACAGAACCGGUAUCAUUCUCGGACCCCGAGCGCGACAUCUAUGGCUAGUCAGGUCGACCAGCUGGCCGGUCGGAGUCGAGCCGGGAUUCGAGAUGGGAACCACAGCGUUACGGGCAAGCGAAGCAUGAAAUUCACCAAUAAUACCUUCACCAGUAACCCCGAUGACUUUGGGGAUGAGACCAUACGCAGCCAUCCUCGAGCCGAAGGUAGCGGAACGCACACUCCCCGGCACCACCAUAUUGGGCGGUACGGCCGCAACAACAACCUCUAUCCGUCCUUGUUCGAUAGUGAUUUGCCAUUCCCUCAGUCUCAGGGCAGUGCCAAAUCCCCCCGCCACUUUGUUGGCAACGCCUAUCGACAAUCUCGACAUCCUGGAUCACGCGCAAACCCGAACUAUCGCACAAUCAGUGGUAGCAAAAAGCCACACGAUCUUUACAGCUAUGAUUUCGAUGCCGAAGGCGCGGAUGAUGAACGCACUCCUCUCGUUGGCUCCCCCCGAGUAACGCGAAGUCGUCAAAGCGGUGGGCGGCGCCCGAACAGUGCCAGUCUACGCCAGAUGGAGUACAUGCAGCAGCGCCAUCGUGGGUUCUUCUCCCGCUACGGCGCAUGCCUCUUCAUCACCGCUAUACUCCUGUUCGCUGUUGGGGCGAUCACAUCUUUUGCCCUGAUGACCACGAAGACACUCGUCGAUGUUCAGGUGCUCGAUAUCCAGAAUGUUCUAGCGUCCGAACAGGAAAUUAUGCUGGACUUGAACGUGCAAGCCAUCAAUCCAAAUCUGUUCCCGGUGUCUAUCGACGAUAUGGAUAUGAAUAUCUUCGCCAAGAGUCGAUUUGUGGGGACGGACAAAUUCUGGCGCGAGCAUGAUCUUGACAAGAGCCCAUUCCCUCGAGUAGAGCGAAGCAGGAAAAGGGCAGAGAUGGCUCGACUCGCUCGGUGUGCUAGCUCGGUCGGCUGUCAAGCGAAUGAAACCGAAUUCAGUAGCAUGGCACUCGCUCACGGCGGUGUGGACAAGGGCACUGAUCCUAUGCCCACCGAUCCUGCGGGUGACCCCCAGACUAUGUUGCUCGGUCGUGUUUUCCAUUUUGACUCGCCGCUGCUGCUGGAGCCGUCGCCAUGGCGCUAUGAGCCGUCGACCUCGAAAGGACAGAUACGUCUUGCUCGCCCCGGCAACAAGACAGAAGAGGGCGGCACAGAACGGUGGGAACGUGUGCUUCAACACCCGUUCGAAUUGAUUGUCCGUGGUGUGGUUAAAUAUCAACUACCCCUGACUUCGCGCUACUAUUCUGCCUCAGUCAGCUCUAGCAUCAAGGUCAUACCUGAUGACGGAGAUGACGAUGACGGAAAUGGUGACCACAACCAGAGUCCCGGGGGCAACGGCACGGUGACAAUAUCGGCAAAGAAACGUUUCUCACGCAGUUUGCGCACUGUCCGAGAUCCUGCAAGCCCAUUGGAUGUCGUUCGAAACACAUUCCGUGUGGUGAAGCGAGCCUUUACGGCUUAA